UCGUGAUCCUCCCACCUCAGCACCUCCCAAAGUGCUGGGAUUACAGACGUGAGCCACCAUGCCUGGCCUUGACUAGUGAAUUUUCAUUGCUCAAGCUAAAUGUCUUAGGUUUAAACAGAUGGCAUCUAGCCAGUAGAUAGCUUGAUAAAAUCUCAGAAACUAUAAUAUCUAUAGUGGUGAGAUUCUGAACUAGUUUUCGAGCAAAGUUAAUUUUAAAAUUGUGCCACAUUGCACUUUUUAGGAAAGUGGAGACCACUGAAGUCAAAGUAGGAUAUCCUGAGCUGAUUGCAGAAAGAUUUUUUUUUUUAGAGAUGGAAUCUCGCUCUGUUGCCCAGGCUGGAAUGCAGUGGUGCAGACUUGGCUCAUUGUAUCCUCUGCCUCCUGGGUUCAAGCAAUUCUCCUGCCUCAGCCUCCCAAGUAGCUGGGAUUACAGGCGUCCACCACCACACCUUGCUAAUUUUGUAUUUUUAGUAGAGAGAGGGUUUCACCAUGUUGGCCAGGCUGGUCUCAAACUCCUGACCUCAGGUGAUCCACCCAUCUCGGCCUCCCAAAGUGCAGGAAUUACAGGCAUGAGCCACUGUACCCAGCUCAUUCCAGAAAGAUUUUGAGCAGUUGUUUUUAUAUGGUAGUUUUAUGGUGGACAUAAUUUCCACAAUUUCUUGUGCUAAAGGUAUGGCUGUAAAGACCCAAAAACACUUUUCAGUUUGAUUAUUUUUUGGUAACUGUAUUUUCUUAGGUUUAACGUGUGGCCCUAAAGAACUGGAAACCCAAAGGAACCAAUAUUCCUGCCCCAACAGAGUCCCAUCUUUAGUGAGGCUGUUUCUGGAGUUUAUAUGAUGACCAAGGUACUAGGCAUGGCCCCAGCUCUGGGCCCUAGGCCUCCACAGGAGCAGGUGGGGCCUCUGAUGGUAAAAGUCGAGGAGAAAGAAGAGAAAGGCAAGUACCUUCCUAGCCUGGAGAUGUUCCGCCAGCGCUUCAGGCAGUUUGGGUACCAUGAUACCCCUGGACCUCGAGAGGCCCUGAGCCAACUCCGGGUGCUCUGCUGUGAGUGGCUGAGGCCCGAGAUCCACACCAAGGAGCAGAUCCUGGAGCUACUGGUGCUGGAGCAGUUCCUGACCAUCCUGCCCCAGGAGCUCCAGGCCUGGGUGCAGGAGCAUUGCCCGGAGAGCGCUGAAGAGGCUGUCACUCUCCUCGAAGAUCUGGAGCGGGAACUGGAUGAGCCAGGACACCAGGUGUCAGCUUCUCCAAAUGAACAGAAACCGGUGUGGGAGAAGAUAUCCUCCUCGGGAACUGCAAAGGAAUACCCGAGCAGCGUGCAGCCACAGCCCUUGGAGACCAGUCACAAAUACGAGUCUUGGGGGCCCCUGUACAUCCAAGAGUCUGGUGAGGAGCAGGAGUUCGCUCAAGAUCCGAGAAAGGUCCGAGAUUGCAGAUUGAGUACCCAGCACCAGGAAUCAGCAGAUGAGCAGAAAGGUUCUGAAGCAGAGGGGCUCAAAGGGGAUAUAAUUUCUGUGAUUAUCGCCAAUAAACCUGAGGCCAGGUUAGAGGGGCAGUGCGCAAACCUUGAAGAUGAAAAAGGAACAAAACCCCCUCUUCAAGAGUCAGGCUCCAAGAAAGGAGAACACACACUGGGGAGAAACCUUACGUGUGCACCAAGUGUGGGAAAGCUUUCAGCCACAGCUCAAACCUCACCCUCCACUACAGAACACACUUGGUGGACCGGCCCUAUGACUGUAAGUGUGGAAAAGCUUUUGGGCAGAGCUCAGACCUUCUUAAACAUCAGAGAAUGCACACAGAAGAGGCGCCAUAUCAGUGCAAAGAUUGUGGCAAGGCUUUCAGCGGGAAAGGCAGCCUCAUUCGUCACUAUCGGAUCCACACUGGGGAGAAGCCUUACCAGUGUAACGAAUGUGGGAAGAGCUUCAGUCAGCACGCGGGCCUCAGCUCCCACCAGAGACUCCACACUGGAGAGAAGCCAUAUAAGUGUAAGGAGUGUGGGAAAGCCUUCAACCACAGCUCCAACUUCAAUAAACACCACAGAAUCCACACCGGGGAAAAGCCCUACUGGUGUCAUCACUGUGGAAAGACCUUCUGUAGCAAGUCCAAUCUUUCCAAACAUCAGCGAGUCCACACUGGAGAGGGAGAAGCAUCGUAACUUUCAAGUGCUCCUGUUGUUGUCGUCGUUUUAAACUUUAGAAUCUGAACACCAGGAAGAAGUCUUGUCAUUGCAGCAGCAUCGAUUCCGGUGAUAGAGUUUGUAUCACUCAACAUCAGGGGAUGCCUGAGGAGUGCGAGCUCCACAGCAACACGGCAGGCAGGAGGUCCUCAGAAGGUGUCAGGAAGUUCCACACUCUCCAGUUCACUGGAGCAGAGUCCCUUCCCCACACUUAGGGUGCCAGUAAGCCAUGCCAGCAUUACCUUUUGCGUAGUUAAACUGACGUGUAUCCAGUCUAGUUAAGGAAGAAACAUUAAGACUGUUCAAUUUUUAACAUAUAUUCAAGAAUUUUAAUUUGUAAAGAAUUGAGCCACAUUGAACACAAUUGAAUGAGAUUGAGAAUAAACUUAUAACAUCUUGUAA